GAAAUGGACUAAAUUGAAUAAAACCCAAGAGAAACUCAUAGGAAUAACUGGAUAAAAAUCAAACAGCUGCAUUGAAACCUCUGUUCACAUUCAGUUUUAGUGCUUAGUUUCAUGUUUAUGAUAGAUUUACUACUGAAUAGCAAUGGUUAGAACUGCCUCAGUAUGAUGCAACAAAUCAGGAAGUAAAACCUUUGCCAGUCAAAGAAAUAGAGGAAACCAUCUCGAACACACUCAACCUUGCCGGUCCUUCAGUCAGCUUCUCUCUCACAAUGAAUGACUCAAUUAGAAUAGUCCUCCUGGGAAAAACCGGAGCAGGGAAAAGCAGCCUGGCCAACACUAUAUGUGGAGAUGAGCUGUUCUCCAUCAACCAUACCAUCAGCUCUGAAACAAGAGAGUGCAAAGCCAUAACCAGGCCUGUCAGUGGAAGAAACCUUACAGUCAUUGACACCCCAGGUUUCUUCGACACAGACCAGCCUGAGGAAGACCUGAAGCCUGAGAUACUGAGGUGUAUCACUGAGUGCGCUCCUGGGCCUCAUGUUUUUCUACUUGUUCUCAAAGUGGAAAAAAAAUUCACAGAGCAUGAGCAGGCGGUUAUUGAGAAAAUCUGCACAUAUUUCUCUGAAGAUAUUCUUAAGGACGCUGUGGUGAUAUUCACCCAUGGCGACCAGCUGCCUGAUGGGAUAAAGAUUGAGGAUUUCGCUGCUAAUAACAACCUUGUGAGUGAACUGGUGAAGAAGUGUGGUAACCGCUGCCAUGUCAUGGACAACAAAUACUGGAACAGACACCAACAAGGUGAAUACAAGAGCAAUAAGCUUCAGAUGGAGAAGCUGCUUCAAACAAUUGACACAAUGAUAAAAGAGAACCAGGGCAACUGCUACACCAAUGACGUUCUGCAGGCAAUGGAGCAGGAAAUAAAUAGAGAGGAGCAGAACAUUCGAUUGGUUCAAGAAAAUCUAUCAAAUGCAGAGAUCAGAGAAAGGGCAAAGAAAGAAGUUUUAAGAAAGCUCCUCAUCAGCUUCACAGCUAUUGGAGUAGGUACUUUGUUAGGAGCGCUUUUUGGCAUGGUAGUCAUGGUUGGAGCAGUCCUUUCUAUUUUAAAGAAAUCUUCCCAUCCAUUAACCCUGAAGCAGGCAGUAGGCCAAUUGCAGCUACAGCAGGGGUAGCGGUUGGAACAGGAGGAGCAGCACUGGCAGGAGGUGUUGUACCAGCAGCAACAGCUUUGAGCAUUACAGGAGCAUGUGCAGCAACAGGAGCAGUUAAAGGGGCUUUAAUUGGAUACGAUGUGGCCGAAGGAGCUAAGAGUCCAAAAGAAGCUGCCCUGCAAACGGCAGAGGCUGUGAAGUAUGAAGCACAGGUUCACUUAAAUAAGGUCAGCCAAGUUUGGAAUAAAGCAAUGACAACAAAAUCCAAAACAUCAGAGCAAGAAGAGGCUGCUCUGCUUGAUAAAGAACUGAAAACAAGCUAGCUGGAAGGUUUAUUAUCCUGACAUAAAGAUCUGAACCUUCAGUUUAAUGUGAAAAUGUAUUGUUCACAUUAAACUGAACAAUACAUUUUUUCCCAUUCCGGGAUUAAACGAUAAACUGUUAAUCGGAUCAGUUUAGAUGAAACAUCAUUGAAAAAGACAAGUUUGCUUAAUCUGUGUUAUUAUGUUAAUUUCUGUUACUACCUGCUCAACUGCUUUUCCAAUAUUGUUCAUUUUUUUCUACAAUUAUAUCAUGUUAGAAUGUAUAAGACUGUGAAUUCAUAAACAAUUUUGGUGGACAGAGAUUUUGUAUAAUAUAAAAAUAAAUUCCUGAAAAGGUCCCUGUGUUAAAUGUCAUUUACCCAAUCAUUCAAUAGCCUACAUACACUUAUGCUCCUCAUUAUUCAUGGCAAAUGUAGAUAUGCAUUACGAUCAGGGCUUCGUCAUCCACAUACCAUGAGAAAUUUGAUAGAAAAGCAUGACAAUAGAGCCAGGAACGCUGGCAGUAAUGCUAGGGGAAAAAAAUGGUACUCAAAUUAAAAUCCUUGCAGAAGCUGAAAGAACCAUUAUCAAAAAAAAAAAAAAAAAAAGAACCAUUAUCAAAAAUUUGACAAUAUUGAGAUUUAUUUUACUUUUCUUUUGUGGAGUUGAUUUGUUUAUAAGAAUUUUGUGUGAUUUAUUAAAAACAAAAGAAAGAAAUAUGAAGUAAGAGAUUAAAAUUACCCUUUUGUUUUAUAGGCAUAAAUGAAGCACGUUUAAGAAUUCUCUGUACAUUUCUAAAUGACCACAAGAGAUAGCAGCUCAUUAAUCACACGGAAAACUUGAUUGAUUGGUUGACUUUAUUGAUCUCACAGUGGAGAAAUGUGCUCGUUACAUCAGCUCAAAUAAUCAGAGAAGUAGAAUGUGCCUAACUAAAAAAAAAAGUGCAUGGGAAACUAAUCAAAUAUACCAGUAAAGACAUUGAAUUAUUUUUUUUUUUCUUCAAAAGAUGACACUUACAUAAGGAGUUUAAUUUUAUAAAACUGAUAUCCUUGCAGAUGAAAUGAAAAGUAAAUGAAAUGAAAAGUACAAGAAAGUAUUAUUGUUGUUUGUGCAGCAGAGUGAUCUGAUGCAGCAGAACAAAUGUUGCUUUUUCUGGUUCACAAUGCCGAUGCAAAACAAGGUUCUUAGACUGAAGGUAGUGAUCAUGGUAAUUUAUGAGAAACAAACCAAAUGUUGCUUAAUUUUUAAUUAUGUUCUUGCCCCACAAGAAAAAAAAAAAUACUUUCUUUACACAAAAGAAGGAAAAGAAAUAAGCUCCCACCAGCUUUUACUAAGAUUUUUUAAAAUCCUUUUAUAUGGUGUCAACAUUCUUAAGGCAAAUUAGUGUAUCUUAACAUUUUUACAUAUUUUACAUUGUUAAUAAUCAUAUGCAUUUGUGUUGCUUUUAAAACUAUAUAGAAAUAGAACUUUG